AACUGUAAACCGUGUGUUUGAUGACAAGCGGAUUUGCUUUGCAGUUUUUCGUAUUUCUUCUUUAUCAAAUUGAUCCUUAAAUUGUAAUUUUGUUGACUAUAGCUUAAGUUCAUUAGUUUCAAAAUGAGUGCACUUGAUGCAUUUAGUUUUCUGGGAUCAUCGACUCAGUUCAUCGAAAGGCCUAAACAAGCGAGUUUUUCUCCUUAUGAGAAUAACCAAGGGAGUAUUGUUGCCAUUUCUGGGGAUGAUUAUGUUGUCAUCGCAUCUGAUACUCGACUAAGCACUGGAUAUUCCAUUCACACUCGGGAUCAGCCUAAGUUAUUCAAACUGUCUAAUACAACUGUUCUUGGCUCAGCAGGUUGCUGGGCUGAUGUAUUAACUUUGUCUAGGGUGUUGGAAGCUAGAAUGAAGAUGUACUUACAUGAACAUAAUAAAGAGAUGAAUACUCCUGCUGUUUCUCAACUAAUGACAUCAUUGCUCUACUAUAAGAGGUUUUUCCCAUACUAUGUUUUUAAUAUAGUUGCUGGAUUAGAUGAAGAUGGUGUUGGAAGAGUGUACUCCUAUGAUUCAAUUGGACAUAAAGAUACAUCAAAUUAUGUUUCUGUAGGAUCAUCAGCUCAGUUGUUACAGCCAUUAUUAGAUAAUCAGAUUGGACUUAAAAACAUUGAUGGAGUAACUGAACCUCCACGAUUUACUCUUGAUAAAGCUAUUACCAUUAUGAAAGAUGUUUUCAUUUCUGCUGCUGAAAGAGACAUUUAUUGCGGUGAUAGCGUAUACAUGAUCAUUAUCAGGAAGGAUGGCAUGGUAGAAGAAAAAUUUUCUUUACGUAAAGAUUAAAGGCACAUGUGUAAUAUGUUCAUUUUUUAGAGU